AGAUGGCUACAUUCUCUCCUUCAGCCACAUGAUCCAUUUCCCAUGUGACACAUUCCAGCGCCUUAGAAAGGAGAAGGGAGGGGCAUCAAGAGAGUGGGGCUGGGGGCGGGAAGAUGGUUUAACAGUCUACCCUGCACAGCGUCAUCUUGUCUCCCUAACAGGAAGCAGGCUGUGAGCCAAGGGGAAGGCAGAGGACAGAAAUGAAUGUGUUUCCAGGCUUUCCUGGUGGUUUAUGGCAUUCUCCAAACUCCUAUGCAAGGGCUAUUCCUGACCAAGAAGAUCUAAGGAGAACGUCUCUGAAAUCAAGUCCGGAUGAAGAAUUAAGAGAAAAAAAGUGAAUAUGGUUUUUGCUCACAGAAUGGAUAACAGCAAGCCACCUCUGGUUAUUUCCACACUUCUGGUGCCCCUCCAAAACCGCAGCUGCUCUGCAACAGCCACACCUCUGCCCAGCCAGUACCUGAUGGGAUUAAGUGAGGAGCACAGCCGGAUGAGCAACCGGACAGACCUUCACUAUGGCCUGAAACCCGGAGAAGUGGCCACAGCCAGCAUCUUCUUUGGGACUCUGUGGUUGUUUUCUGUCUUCGGUAAUUCCCUGGUUUGUUUGGUCAUCCACAGGAGUAGGAGGACUCAGUCUACCACCAACUACUUUGUGGUCUCCAUGGCCUGUGCUGACCUUCUCAUCAGCGUGGCCAGCAUGCCUUUCGUCCUGCUCCAGUUCACCACUGGAAGGUGGACGCUUGGUAGUGCCAUGUGCAAGGUUGUGCGAUAUUUUCAGUAUCUCACUCCAGGUGUCCAGAUCUAUGUUCUCCUCUCCAUCUGCAUAGACCGCUUCUACACCAUCGUCUAUCCUCUGAGCUUCAAGGUGUCCAGAGAAAAAGCCAAGAAAAUGAUCGCAGCAUCGUGGAUCUUUGACGCGGCCUUUGUGACCCCCGUGCUCUUUUUCUAUGGCUCCAGCUGGGACAGCCAUUGUAACUACUUCCUCCCUUCCUCUUGGGAAGGCACUGCCUAUACCGUCAUCCACUUCUUGGUGGCCUUUGUGAUUCCGUCUGCCCUCAUAAUUUUAUUUUAUCAAAAGGUCAUAAAAUAUAUUUGGAGAAUAGGCACAGAUGGCCGAACAGUGAGGAGGACAAUGAAUAUUGUCCCACGGACAAAGGUGAAAACCAUCAAGAUGUUUCUCAUUUUAAACCUGUUGUUUUUGCUCUCCUGGCUGCCUUUCCAUGUAGCUCAGCUAUGGCAUCCCCAUGAACAAGACUAUAAGAAAAGUUCCCUUGUCUUCACGGUGAUCACGUGGAUAUCCUUUAGUUCUUCAGCCUCUAAACCUACUCUGUAUUCCAUUUAUAAUGCCAAUUUUAGGAGAGGGAUGAAAGAGACUUUUUGCAUGUCCUCUAUGAAAUGUUACCGAAGCAAUGCCUACACUAUCACAACCAGUUCAAGGAUGGCCAAAAAAAACUACGUUGGCAUUUCAGAAAUCCCUUCCAUGGCCAAAACUAUUACCAAAGACUCCAUCUAUGAUUCAUUUGACAGAGAAGCCAAGGAAAAAAAGCUUGCUUGGCCCAUUAACUCAAAUCCACCAAAUACUUUUGUCUAAUUUCUCAGAAUUCUUUCAGUUGUUAUGCACCAGAGAUUAAAAAGCUUUAACUAUAAAAACAGAAGCUAUUUACAUAUUUGUUUUCCUCAACUUUCCAAGGGAAAUGUUUUAUUUUGCAAAAUGCAUUCAUUUGUUUAUUAUAGUUUUUGUGAGUUUUAUUUUACUUGUUUCAUGUUUUAGGAAAAGCGUUCACUUUGAACUAGAGCCAACAGUUGCUUUACUAUUAAUGUAUUAGUUACACACAUGAAAAAGAAAAUGCUUUAUUACCACUUACUUACUGUUAGGUUCAAAAACAUAAACUUAAGCACAGUCUUUGGUUAAUGAUUCAAUCUAGUUUUUUGGUUUUGCUUUUUGUUCUUUUUGAGACAGAGUCUCACUUUGUCACUCAGGCUAGAGUAUAGUGGCAUGUUCUCGGCUCACUGCAACCUCCACCUCCUGGGUUCAAGCGUUUCUCCUGCCUCAGCCUCCUGAGUAGCUGGGAUUAUAGGCACGUGCCACCACAUGGCUAAUUUUUGUAUUUUUAGUAGAGACGGGGUUUCACCAUGUUGUUUGUUCAGGCUGGUCUCGAACUCCUGACCUCAUGAUCUGCCCGCCUCGGCCUCUCGAAGUACUGGGAUUACAGGUGUGAGCCACCACGCCCAGCCUAUUUUGUUUUCUUUUUCUCCUUAUUGGAUUUUGGUAGCUAGGGCUUCAGUUCCAAAUGAAAUCCCCAUGUCACCUCUCUCAGAGAUGUCUAUUUCCUUCACUCAGCAACAUUUAGUUUGAGUUUAACACGUACGGGUUGUCACGUUACCUUCCUCCAAGUAACCACUGGCCAGAUCUGCUAUGGAAAGCAUGCCAUAUACUGGAACAUGCUGGGAAGUCUUCUGUGGUUGGAUUUUAAUCAGAAUUUUUAGGGGAAAAAAAGCAUACAGAGUUGCCUAAUUUCUCUUGUUUUUAUCCUUCCUUCAUCCAAGUGGCUGGUGAAUUCUUGAAAAAUGCAGUCAAUGCAAUGUUUUCCUCAUUUGUGUCCCAUCUAGGCUGUGUCUAGAACAUUUACCUCCCAUUUUUGAGUUAUAUACAAGUAAAUGAGCAGGUGCUGUGGCUAGCAUGUCUAAAAUAUGCCAAAGACGGAAAUGGCAGAUGGCAUUUUCUAUACUCUGCAGUUCAAGCAGAGACUUUCAGCUGCCCAGCCCUACCCCUAUACAGCAGGACAGCAAGGGCAGGGACUGCCUUCCUCUUUCUCCUAGAAACUCGUGAGGCCAUUUCCCUGACCACAGCCUGUUCCCCCUCAUCUCUCCUCUCCAGGGUGCAUACCCUGGCCAAGCUGAAACUCUUCUGUGCCUGUGAUAACGAGGGAAUUUUUUUUCCCUCUGGUUCCCAGAUCUCCAUUAUUUCAAAUCGAUGACCAGCCAGCACAUUUAAAAAAUGUUUUUAUUUAAACAAUAAAGGAUUUACAGACGA